CUGUCAGCAUUAUACCUUCAAUUUGUUUGUUCCCAAUCAAACGAAUUGCACGAGAUCCAACGGCCCACACUAUGGGAACAUCAUAGAGCUAAAAUUUUGUAGUAAUUAAUUUGCAAAUGGACAAUUGAUUCAGCUUCCUUUCUUCCCUAUAUUCCGUUUGACCUUUUCCCCGGAUAACAAUUUUGUAAAAACGUACAGGAGAAAAGGUCAUAUAUAUAUGGUUUUUUGAUCCAACAAUUAUUAUCAAAUUGUUGAAUCUUCAGUUCAUAUUUGAAGGUAUGUGCUGCAAACAAGACCAGGCAAUAUUGAGGUUAUUCAGCGAGUUAGUUUAAAUCCCUAACGUUGACAUCAUUUUGGUGAAAGGUUAGAAUGGCAUCGUCAGCUGACUCAUGGAUGCGUGAAUUUAAUGAAGCAUCCAAACUUGCGGAUGAAGUCAGUUCUAUGAUUUCUGCGAAGAGCUCUUUGCCCUCUUCCGGACCUGAAUCACAACGCCAUUUAUCUGCAGCUCGGCGGAAGAUCACUAUAUUAAGGACAAGGCUUGAUACUCUCCAGUCCCUACUGCAAACGCUUCCAAGCAAGCAGCCUUUAUCAAAAAAGGAGAUGAAACGUCGUCAUGACAUGCUUGAUAAUAUGAUUACGAAAGCUAAUCAGAUGGCAUCUACACUCAACAUGAAUAACCUUGCAAAUAGGGAUAGCUUGCUCGGCCCAGAAACUAAGCGACCUGAUGUUAUCAGUAGGGCGACUGGUCUUGACAACCAGGAUCUUGUAGGUUUUCAACGACAAGUUAUAAAAGAGCAGGACGAGGAUCUUGAUAAAUUGGAGGAGACAGUAGUAAGCACUAAACAUGUCGCCUUAGCAAUCAAUGAAGAGCUCAACCUACAUACUGCACUACUGGAUAACUUAGAUUACCAUGUUGAUACAACAAACUCCCGUCUUCAGAGGGUGCAAAGGAAAUUGGCAUUUUUGAAUAAGCGCACCAAAGGUGGCUGUACUUGGUUGUGCCUAUUGAUCAUAUUCAUCGUUAUUCUAGCCGUUGCCAUCUUCCUACUGGUAAAGUACUUGUGAUGAUCCACAACGUUAAAAGUUUCAUCCGAUUCUUCUUCUAUCGUUCAUUGUUGGCUAUACAAGAGAAGCCAAUAUGUUGCAUUCCUCUUGCAACUUCUUCAUUCAGCUUCAGAAGUUCUCGCUAUAGAAGGACUACAGAUUUGUCCUGCAUUCGUUAUGAAAGUAUGUGUUAUGUAUAUCUUGUGUUUUUCGCGUAACGUUAAAGAGCUUUUAAUUUCAGAAGAAAGAAAACUCAGCCAUGGAUAUACCUGUGGUGAUUGUAAGAGAGACAAGUCUUGUGAACACUUCAAGUUUAUAGUGCAAUGCAUUUUCAGGCUUA